AUGUGGGGUGCUGCGGGGGCCGGCACCAUCCUUGCUGACAACAUCAGGUGUACAGGCGCAGAAAUGAGCCUUCGCGAAUGCUUCUUCCGCGGGUGGCACGUCCACGACUGCGCUCCUGAAGAAGCCGCAGGUCUCGAGUGCCAGUCGGAUGCCUGGAGCGACUUCACGCCCGCCGGAAGCCCCGCCGGGCGCCAGGACGCCUCUGUGGUUUGGGACAGCGAGACUCAGUCUGCAUGGAUGUUCGGGGGCCACGCCAGCAAUGCCUUCCUCUACUUUGCGGACCUGUGGCGCUACGACUGGCCUCGACGAGCUUGGACGGAGAUCCUGCCGUUGAGUGGGGGUGCCGCCCCCGGCGCCAGAUGGGGCCACGCGGCCGUGUGGGACGAGCAGUCCAGGUCUAUGCUGGUGUUUGGCGGCCGGUUCCAAGUCACCUUCUACGACGACGUCUGGCAAUUUCUCAGCGAGGACGGCGCUUGGAGGCAAUUGCCAGCCUUGGCGAAGUCAUCGGCACGCGCCUACCACACGGCGAUCCUGGACCCCGUGGAGAGGGCCGUGCUCGUCUUCGGAGGUGAGAGCGGUAGCCAGGUGUUGGAGGACCUCCAGCGCUACAGUUUGGCGGACGGCCAGUGGAGUGAGUCUUUGGCACAGGGGCCGGGAGCCCGCAGCCGACACACGGCCGUCUGGGUGCCCACAACCCGGUUCAUGCUCGUUCUUGGAGGGUGGAGCGGGCAGCAGUAUCUGGAUGACCUGCGCAGCUACGAUGCUUCGGCAGGCACCUGGACGGACUUGUCAGCUUCAGGAUAUUGGCCCGCGGCUCGCGCUGGACAUGGUGCCGUGUGGGACCCCAUUUCAAUGAGCAUGCUAGUCAUGGGCGGCAUCACCAAUCUCAGCAACGACCUGAGCUACGAUGCCUCCAUCUACAACUACAGCCUCUUGACGAACUCUUGGAAGGAGGAGGGUUUGCAAAGUCAGGUCGUGGGCCCAAGUGGCCGUACGGGUCAUGGCGUUGUUUGGGACUUCGCUUCUCGCGGCUUGCUGUCCUUCGGUGGUUUCAAUGCCUCCUACUUGCAGCAAACCUGGCGAUACGUGGUCAGUCAGACCAACCCGCCCUUUCUGGUCCACUGCCAGCAGGGCCGCAACUGUUCCUUCCGCCGGAAUGCCUCCGGCUCUGUGGCCGCGAAACGCACCUGCUCCGACCCGGAUUUCUUGGCAGGACUCCCUAUGCUGCUCUCUGGUGAAGCAGAGGAGGAUCUCUGGAUGUUCGGAGGAAAUGCAUCUCAUUUCUUCACGGAACCGGGUCAUCACCGCCUCUGCUGGUGUGAUGUCGUCAACUGCAGCCACCCCGACAACUUCAGUGUGACAUUGGGCUACUUUGUUGUAGAGGGGCCGCAACUGCACCAGUCCGCUCGCUGCUACCUUGGCACAGACUGCACGAUCGCCGGGUGGCGAGGAGUCGGCAUCUCCGCGAACGACAGCCUCGUGAUGCAGAGCCGAUGUAACGGAGAGCCGCAGGCCUCUUCUUCCACCUACCCCCGGCGUUCGGUCACCGUCUCCUUCAACGAGUCCUACGGUUGGCACACCUUGCACGUGGGCUUCCUGGACCCUUCGGAGGGCCUGAAGCCGGAAGCUCUGGAGCUUUGCUGGUGCCCUGCCACGGCGGCCCCGUGCGCUUCGGCGGAGGACUUUCUCGUGGUCGCCCUGAGCCUGGAGGUCCUCUGCCCGCCCGGCGAGUACAGCGAAGGGCCCGGCUCCUCCUGCCUGCCCUGCCCACCGAACUUCUUCUGCCCCGGAGGAUCCGAAGUCCAAAGCUGCCCGUCGGCGAGCACUUCGAUGCAGGGCUCACGUCCGCCUCUCAGCACUGCGAGAUACUGCGAGCAUUGCAUGCGCCAACUCCCCGACUGCCUUUGCCUUCGAGGGCGCUACUGGGAUGCAGAGAGCACCAUCUGCCUGGCGUGCCCCGCCGGGUCUUCGACGUUGCAGGAGGGCGCCACCGGCCUUGCGUCCUGCACCUGCAUGCCCGGCUUCUUCAAUACGCAGAAUGACAACCCGGCAGUUUGUGAAGCCUGCGGCGUGGGCUUCUUCUGCACAGGGGGCCUGCAGACCCCGCAGCCGUGCGCCGCGUCCCAGACCACCGAGAGCGACACUUCAGCCGACGAGUCCCAAUGCGUUUGCAGAGCUGGCGAAUUCUUGCAGGACGGGCUUUGCGCCCCAUGUCCGGUUGGAUUUUUCAAAAGCAGCGUUGGAGACUCCCCGUGCGCGGAGUGUGGUGGUGGCACCUUCAGCAACAAUACUGGCAGCACAGAGCGUUGUAGAUGCCGACAAGGCUUUGGUUUGGAUGAGGAGACAGACCAGUGCACAGAAUGCAUUCCCGGCGAGUACAAAGCCCUGGUGGGAGACAUCCCUUGCAGCCGGUGUUCCGCCAACAAGACCUCGAUAGAGGGUGCCACAUCUCCCCUUGAUUGUCGAUGCCGCUCAGGUCUGGCAGAAGAGGGCCAAGCCUGCCGAGUUUGCAGAGCAGGCUUCUUUUGCCCAGGCCAGGGUGAAGAGCGGCGAUGUCCGGAGAAUGCUACCUCACGCGCUGGCUCCCUCCAACAAGCAGACUGCUUGUGCAACCCGGGGUACUAUGCCCUUGAAGCUCGGGCCAUCUGUGAGCCUUGCCAACCUGGACGCUACAAGCCCACGCUGGCUAACGAUGCAACGUGCCCUUUACAGUGCCCUACAAAUGCCCAGAGUGCCAAUGCGUCCACCGAUCUGCGAGACUGUUUCUGCGUGGCAGGAUUCUAUGCAGUUCUGGAUGAAGCAGGAUUCCUAGCCAGUUGCGCGAGUUGUGCACUACUCCCAAAUCUCCAAUGUUUGGGUGGUUUUCACACUCAAGCGGGCAUUCACCGGCUGCCUGUUGCUCAGCCAGGCUACUUUCAGACAGGAGUAGCUAUUGCUGUGAAGUGCAGCGCCGUCACGGCCAGUGGGUUCAGUACUUGUCUCGGCGGGAAGCCAUGCGCACAAGGUGAGGCACUAGAAUGCUUUGGCAAAUAUGCCAACGCUUGCGACGAAGGCUCCACCGGAGUGUUCUGUGGAGACUGCCCAGCUGGUUGGGCCAGGAGUGCCUAUCAACAGCCAUGCCGACCUUGUGCGUCCGAUGCUACUUUCCCACUGGUAGCCUCAGUCAUCAUCGAUGUUGGGACGAAGGCCGCGAGUGCCGAAUAUUUUUCAGAUUUUCCCCAACAGCACGACGAGCUCUGA